AUGGCAUCGGACUUGGACCAGCUCAUUGAGAUGGGCUUCGACCCGGAGCGUUCUCAGAUCGCAGUCACAAAACCGGGCGGUUUGCAAGGUGCAUUGCAGUGGCUUGAAGAUAACCAAGAUAAGUCGUUGGAGGAGGUUCAGGCCCAGGCUCAAGAAGAGGGCCCCGCACUGCAGCCCGGUGAAGCACCACGAAGCUUGGUGUGCAAUGACUGUGGCAAGAAAUUCCGAGGCCAGUCACAGGCCGAAUAUCACGCAUCGAAGACGGAACAUGUCGAUUUCUCCGAGUCCACGGAGGAGAUCGCCCCCUUGACCGAGGAGGAGAAGAAGGACAAGCUGGCGGAACUGCGACAGAAGCUCGCGGCGAAACGUGCGGGACAAUCUGAACAGGAUAAGGUCGACAAGAAGAGAAACGAAGAAAUCCGACGAAAGAGCACCAAAGAGACCCAGGACGCCAAGGAGGACCUCCAGCGGAAACAGCAGCUGAAGGAAGCCGCGAAAAAGAAGCAAGAGAAGCAGGAUGAAAUUGACGCUAAGAAGCGCAUCAAGGCGAAGAUUGAGGCGGAUAAGGAAGAGCGGCGCCUCAAGGCCGAGCAGCAGCGCGCCGAGCGAGCUGGCGUGGCGCCCCCACAGCCCGCUGCAGCUCAGGCGCCAGCACCAUCUAAGCCUGCAUCCGCUUACACUGAGACCCGUCUACGUUUCCAAUCGCCCCAGGGCAACAUCAUGAAAACACUUCCCGUUGACACUACAUUGUUCGAGGUUGCAGCUGCCCUGAAGGAGCAGGAUGGACUCGAAGUCCAAAGCUUCACCCAGAACUUCCCCAAGAAGAUUUUCAGUGCCGAGUUCUUUGGAGAGACCUUGAAGGAGCUGGGACUUGUGCCUAGUGCCAGUCUCAUUGUCCAAUGA